UUUCCCUGCUGAUCAAGUUUCUUACACUAGCCAUCACAUUACCUUCGACGAAGUAUCAAAGCAAGUGCAUCACCUGAGAGAUGUUAUACUAUGGGAUAUUCAGAGUGGUUUUGAGAUGCAAUGUCAAUGUUACGACUUGGAUGAAACUAGUUUCCUCAAUCACUUGAUGUUUACAAAACUUUGGUUUAUCCGCAUCUCAAGUGUAAACAAGAAACGCUUCUGCCUGAUGUUACUGGAAGACAUUCCCUGCGCGUGGACGUUGUCUCUGUUGUUGAAAUCUAUCUGGAAUUGUCGUCCGAAAGAUGCCGUUGCGUCGCAAUCUGAAGGCACUGUUUGGACCAGCUAUGAUCAGACUCCUAUGGAUCACAACAGAACGGCGACACCUUUAGGGGUGCUAGUAGAGGUCAUGGAAGGGGAUCGUAAAUAUUUCCGAACCCUGGACUCGAGUCGCAAAGCCGAGUUUAUGUCAGAGCUGCUCAAGAUCGCCGGUGGUCCCAUCGUGUGGGCGGUGUUUAACAAAGCCCAGGCUAUUUUCGACGAAUACCGCGAGGAACAACUCCAGAAUUUACUAGCGAGUGUAUCGGUUAUUGAAGGACGUGAAAUAUCGAUGCCGAUGGACGAUAAGGUCAAGAAAGAUUCACGUCGUAAACCUUCUGUGAGCGAAGCAGCUGGAGAUGCUGGGGUUACUUUUCCGGCUCCGAAAGACCCACAGCGGGAGCUGGAGAUAUGUUUGGCUCAAUGGACAUCUAUCAUCAGGUCUGUGAAAGACAGCCAAAGACUUGAGGAAGUGGAGUUAACCUUCAGCGAUGGGACGAAGAAGAGGAUAUGGAAAAUUAACAGACCUAAACCAGAAGUCACAGAGACUGUGGAUUAUCUUCAGUUACUACCGCAAGCGAUAGCCAAGCGAAUAUUGAAUUUUUUGCCUCGAGCGGACCUGGCGGACUGUGCGCGGGUCAACAGAUACUGGGCGUAUCUCGUCGAAGAACUCAAGUCCGAGAUUGCCGCACGUCUCAAAAUUGAUAUGGAUAUUGCGAAGCUGACGGAAAUAAUGCUCCGUCAUGACACAAUCAACCAGAGUAUGGACUCGUAUGACACCGUGACUACCAGCAGUACUCUCGCGUCCCGGGAGUGUAUAAAACGGCAGAAUUAUUCCAAGCAGCCCAGCCAAAAGUCUGGGGCUACAAAUUUAUUAAAAUGCGUUUUGCGUGAUACAAAAAUUAAGCUGCCACCAAUUCGUAAUCUGGCCGAGCUCUCGGAGAGGCUAGACCGCCGGGGCGCGGCCGACGAUAGUUUGGUGGAUUGGUGCAAGGCUGUACUCGUACAAUACAAUCCCGCAAAGCAUGGAGUCAAUCUACCCCCCAUAAAAAGACAAUUUCCGUCAAUGGAUAAUGGUAUCAUGGACUUUGCCGGCAUCAGUUUCCCGUGUCCUUUGAUGAGUAUGAGCUUGAAUCUGCCACUCAAACCGCCGCUAUUCAAGGAUCCCACCGUUACAUCCUCGUACGAGAAAAAUAAAACUUCGAACAUCACUGCUUCAAAAGUCAGAUUUUCAGAGCUGUACAAAAAGGGCUGCAAACGUUAUAACCUUUGGAGCCGAGACUUUUCGAGUCUCUAUACCGCUUCGAAAAUUGCUAGUUAUAAAUCCCCAGUUUAAAUAGACAAUAAAUUGAUUCUUCUAGCUACUGCC